AUGGCAACAAGUAAUGAUAUUACUGGUUCGAAAGAAACAAGUGGAUCAUUUAUUUCAUGUGAUUUUGAAAUCUUUGGUACUGUUCAAGGUGUUUUCUUUCGUAAAUAUACUCAAAAAGAAGCAACAAAAUUAAAUCUAGUUGGAUGGGUGAAAAAUACAUCAAGUGGUACUGUAAAAGGUCAUAUGGAAGGUCGGAAAGAUGAUAUUAAUAAAAUGAAAAACUGGCUUCGAGCAACAGGAAGUCCAAAAUCCAAAAUUACUAAAGCUGAUUUUUCAAAUGAAAAGACAAUUACACAAUUAAAUGGAAAAUCAUUUAGUGUUAAUAAAUAG